AUGAUUAUAUUCAUAAUAGCAACAGUGUCUUGUCUGGACAUCAAUUUGACAAAUCUCCAAUUUAAUUAUUAUAGUUUACCUAUAUCAGCAAAUAAUAUUACAUAUCAUCUCAUAGUGGACACUGGAAAUGAAGACAUGUGGAUAUUUGGAAAGAAUUCCAAUAGAAGAAUUUAUUACGAAUGCCAAAAGUGUGCCUCAACAGAGAAUCAAACCUUGGAAUAUGCAUAGGGCAAGAUCUCUGGAGUCAAAUACAGUCAAACAUUUUCAUUGAUGAAUCAAUCUCUGGAUUUGCAAGUAAUUGAAGCUUCCAAAGUUGAACACUUUUAUUCCAUAAUAGCCGAUGGGGCUGUUGGAUUUAGCAGGAAAUAACUGUCUAAAGAAGACAACAUAUUGAAGAAAUUGUAUGAUUCAAAAGUGAUUGAUUACAAGCAAUUCGGGCUUUUAUUAAAUGAAUAAAAUUGUUAGCCUACAUCUAUUUUGAUACUAGGAAAACCGAACAAAAAUUACUAUAUCAAUGAAUUGCAAUAUGUAAAACCAAUACAAUCCGAGUAAUGGACAGUGAAAGGUAUAUCAGUUGAAAUUGUGGGGAAGAACAACAAAUAUGAAUUAGAAUCAUACUCCCAACUCAUAACAUUUCACAGUGGAGUAUCAAAGAUCCUAAUUUCAAAAUACAAAUUGAAUAAGCUUAUAUCUAUUUUCAAUGAGAAUUACCAAUUGAAUUGUGAGAAAGAAUCAUAGAAUCAAGUCACUGAAGUAGUGUGUUCCUAUAAUGAAUAAUCAUUCCCUGAAUUGAAUAUUAAUAUCGAUGCUAAUCUUAGUUUAACACUCUUGCCGCAAGAUUACAUUGCGUAUUGCGAUUACAAUUACUUUUUAUAGCACAUAUGCUAUUUAAAUUUUCAAUAGAUCGACAACUAAGACGUGUUAGUUUUGGGUUCUGUUGUUUUACAAAAGUAUUACACUCAUUACGAUGAGACAACAUAGUAAAUUGGUAUUGCUAAAUCAAUAUAUUAUUAAAGGGAUAAAUAGAGUUUGAGUUAACUUGGAAGCAACGUAAACAAUAAUAGCAUGUUAUAUUUCACAAUCCUCUUGGCUUUGGUUUUGUUAAUAGUAAUUUACAUUACAAUUAAAAUGCUAUUAAAACAAUCAAUCCCUUUAUAUCUGUCUGUCCUAGAGAAGUCAUCUUCAAGGUCAUAAGAACAGGAAAUGGAAGCUAUCACAUUGAAGACUCAAUCAAAUAGUUAGCCACCUUUGACAACAUGA